AUUAAUUUGUCUUUACAGCGUAUGCACGAACAUUGCUUUGCGUUCAUGCACUAGCGAAGAACCGGCGGUUGUAAACGCAGCACGGUGUCGGUGACGCCCGCUCCGGGGCAUCGCUGCUCGGGACACCCGGCGGGGGGGCGUUCGCUUUUUAAGGGGUUUACAGCGCUGCAGCAGGUAACGCGCUCAGUGCUGCGUGGAAGACGGUCUAGGAAACGUUACAGACUGACACAUCACCGGCAAGACAACCGGCAGGUGGAGGCCUCCACGUGUGGACGGAACUCAGUCGGAACCACGAGUGUCUGCUUUCGUUCGCAGCAUAAUUGGCCGGCAUGGUGAACCAGGUCCAGCGAGGCGACAGGAGUUCGCAGUCGUGCAAGAGCGACUCCAGCGGCGGGGAGAGCUCCAGGGAGAGCUCCCGGAGCUCCACUCCCGUGCUGGACGGGGACCGCUGCGACAGGCUGCGGGACAAGAUGCGCAGGAGGACGGAGUCCGGAGACCGCUGGUUCUCGCUGGAGUUCUUCCCUCCCCGCACAGCCAGUGGAGCUGUCAACCUCAUCUCAAGAUUUGACCGUAUGGGCUCCGGGGGGCCCUUGUUCAUCGACAUCACCUGGCAUCCUGCAGGCGACCCGGGCUCAGACAAGGAAACCUCCUCUAUGAUGAUUGCCAGCACGGCGGUCAAUUACUGUGGCCUGGAGAGCAUUCUCCACUUGACCUGCUGCGACCAGACCAAAGGGAAGAUCACCGGCUACCUGGCCAAAGCGAAGCACCUUGGCCUCAAGAACAUCAUGGCCCUGAGGGGAGACCCAAUAGGAGCAGACUGGGAGGAAGAGGAGGAAGGUUUCAACUACGCCACCGACCUUGUUAAACAUAUCCGAUCGGAGUUCGAGGACUACUUUGACAUCUGUGUUGCCGGUUAUCCCACAGGCCACCCGGAGGCCGAGAGCUACGAGGACGAUCUCCGGCACCUGAAGGAGAAGGUUGACGCUGGCGCGGACUUCAUCAUCACCCAGCUGUUCUUCAGGGCAGACACUUUCCUCAAGUUCCUGGAUGACUGCAGGGCGAUUGGUAUCACCUGUCCCAUCCUGCCUGGCAUCUUCCCCAUUCAGGGUUACCAGUCUCUGCGGCAGCUGGUCAAGCUGUCCAAGCUGGAGAUACCAGAGGAGAUCACCAGAGUCAUCGAGCCCAUCAAAGACAACGACGCUGCUAUCCGUAACUACGGAGUCCAGCAGGCGGUGGAGAUGUGUCGCGUGCUGCUGGACAGCGGCAAGGUGCCAGGCCUCCACUUCUACACGCUGAAUCGAGAGGUCGCCAUCAUGGAGGUUCUUCGACAGCUGGGCCUUUGGAUAGAGGACCCGAGGCGGCCUCUUCCCUGGGCAGUGAGCGCUCAUCCCAAACGGAAGGUAGAAGAUGUCCGACCCAUCUUCUGGGCGUCCAGGCCCAAGAGCUACAUCUACAGGACCCAGGACUGGGAUGACUUCCCCAACGGCAGAUGGGGAAAUUCCUCAUCUCCAGCCUUUGGCGAGUUAAAUGACUACUACCUGUUCUACUUGAAGAGCAAGUCACCCAAAGACGCUCUGCUGCAGAUGUGGGGCGAUGAGCUGAAGAAUGAAGAAAGCGUCUUUGAGGUCUUCACCUGCUACAUCACGGCCCAAACAAACUGCAAUGGACACAAGGUGUUGUGUUUGCCAUGGAACGAUGAGCCUCUGGCCCCAGAGACCAACCUGCUAAAGGAUGAGCUGGAGAAGGUGAACAGACGAGGAGUCCUCACCAUCAACUCGCAGCCCAACAUUAACGGCAAACCCUCGGCAGACCCCAUCGCAGGCUGGGGACCUCCUGGGGGCUACGUCUUCCAGAAGGCCUAUCUUGAGUUCUUCACCUCCAGUGAGAACGUGACUGCUCUCCUUAAAGUACUGAAGAAUUAUGAGCCCCGUGUCAACUACCACAUUGUUAAUGUGCACGGCCGAAACCUGACAAACGCCCCCGACAUGCAGCCCAACGCUGUGACGUGGGGGAUCUUCCCCGGCAGGGAGAUCGUGCAGCCCACAGUGGUGGACCCGGACAGCUUCAUGUACUGGAAGGACGAAGCCUUCGCCUUGUGGAUCGAGCAGUGGGCCAAGCUCUACGAAGACGAGUCUCCUUCACGCAUGAUCAUCAAGUACAUCCACGACAACUACUUCCUGGUCAACCUGGUGGACAAUGACUUUCCUCUGGAGAGCUGUCUGUGGCAGGUCAUCGAUGAUAUGUUCAAGAUGCUUGAUGCCCCUCCAGAGCCUGAGGACGGAUCCGUCUCUGAAUGAUUCUAUGAUGGGAUUGUUGCUGCUUUCUACAAUACAGAGCAUAGACUAAGGAGUGUACCUUGUGGUAUUUUUAAAAGAGUUUUUAAGAGUGAAUAGAAAGUGGAAGCACACUAUCAAGGGCUAAUCUGCGCGCACAUGGCCCUCGCAGCAGCGGACAGACUAUUACCUAUACCUCGACACCCUCCUAAAGUUGGAAACCUAGAGGAAACACUAUCUCAGCCAACCAGUGUUCAACAUGGACUCUCUUUGACCUCCAUGAUCCGUAGCUUCACCGCACACACUGCUGAUAAACUACACCUGUGUGCAUACAGGUUUGGGCUUUCCUUAAGAACGGAGCUCACUAAAAAACACCUAAGACAAAUGACUGUCUCUAAAAGAUUAUUUUCAUAAGUCAAAUGUUGUUGUUUUUUUAGUUUGAACUUGGGGUAUAAACCCAAUGUAGGUGUACAAUGGAGAUCUACGGUGUUGUGUAUGAGUGAAUUUCUGAUGAUUCUGUAAGAAAGUAAGAGUUGAGCUGCUCAUGACUCUGCUGUACCACGGACAUAGCUGCCUAUCUGCCCUCUGCCUUAACAUGUUUUAUACGUGAGUCAUAUUUAUUUGUUCUGCCUGCUCACCAAAGCAUUAAAUCGAUUUGAAAUACUA